AUGCAUAAUAUACACCCGCUAAUUCUCCCCGACAUUGUUGAGACAGAAACAGCUGCUGUUCAGCUUGAGACAGAGCGUAUAUGUAUGCGUCAUUUGUCAGAUAAUAUACAUGAACCACAGCUUAAUUUAACGUCUCAUAUUACAUAUCUUCUUAAUGUUCUUACAAAGCCUCUACCUAAGCCAUAUAUAGCAUUAGAUGCAUCUCAGCCUUGGAUUAUCUACUGGACACUAUGUGCUUAUUCGCUACUUGGGCAGUCGGUUGAUAUGUAUAAAGAAAGGACAAUAAGCUCUAUUAAAGCAAUGCAGCUUGAAUCAGGCGGUUUUGGCGGAGGUCAUGGUCAAAUUGCACAUUUGGCGUCUACAUAUGCAGCAGUGAUGGCUCUUUGUAUAGUUGCUCUUUAUCAUUGGAUUCUCCAAUUGAAGCAACCAGAUGGUGGAUUUUUGAUGCAUGAAGGGGGUGAGAAAGAUGCACGAGCAGUUUAUUGCGUAUUUUCAGUUACAUCUUUAUUGAAUAUUAUGACUCCAGAAUUGGUGGAAGGAACAGCAGCAUGGCUUUCUAGAUGCCAGACCUAUGAAGGAGGCCUUUCUGGAUCACCAGGAUCGGAAGCACAUGGUGGAUAUGCAUUUUGUGUUCUAGCUUCUUUGUGUUUAAUUGGUUCGCCACACAAAAUGCUUGAACAGUAUUUGAAUGUGCCAAAAUUGAUGAGAUGGUUGGCAUUUCGUCAGUCUACAAUAGAAGGGGGGUUUUCUGGUCGAACAAAUAAAUUAGUCGAUGGAUGCUAUACUUGGUGGAUUGGUGGAUGUUGGGCGAUACUUUCUGGAGUUAUUAAGGGCAUUAAAGAACCAUUGAUUUCAAAGGAUGCAUUACGAGCGUUUAUCCUGAAAUGCUGUCAAUAUCAAGACGGUGGACUUAGAGAUAAACCCGGAAAACAUCCUGAUCAGUAUCAUACAUGUUAUUGCAUUGCAGGUCUUUCAGUGGUUCAAAAUGUAUUUACGUAUUUGGAUGAUGAGCAUAAUAACACACCAUUGGGAAAAAAUGUAUUUAACUGGUACCAUGAAGAAACAGUAGAACAAGCAAUAUUUGCUACAGAUCAUAUUAAGGCAGUACAUCCAAUUUUAGGUAUUCCUAUGGACAAAAUCGGCGCAAUUUACUCAUGGAAUAAUAAACAAAAACCUUUAUAA